UUCCAAUUAGCAGAAAAAGAUCAGUUCCCAAAAGGUCGUCGCCGGCGAAGGAGCCGGGGUUAGCCGCGAAAUUGUUGUUCCAAUUCAGGGGAUAAAGAAAAACAGUCAAAGACAUAGCAAGGUAGAGGGAAAAGGGGUAAAAACCAAUAUGCCAAAGCUGCCGCCGAUUCUGAAAAGGCUUGAUAGACUUCCAUCUCCGUCGCAGAUAUCUCCAAUCCCGCCGCUGCCUUCGCCGCCGCCGGCACCUCUCGUCCCUUUCCCAACCCUCACUCUCACGCCGACUUCUAAUUACGAUUCCCUCUUGAAUUUCCUCGGAGCCUACUUCACAACCCGACCAGUGAACCCACAGAACCUACUUCACUUCUUCAAAUCCAAGCUCCACCACCACCCUCAUUAUCGUCACUAUGAUCUCCACAUCUUCAGCUGGGCCGCCACCGUGGAUUCUUUCCGACAUGACCACACAACUUUCGAGUGGAUGGCCCGAAGUCUCGCCAACACCAACAGGCUUUCAGACCUCACCCCACUUCUCCAAUUCAUGGCUUCCAAUCCCUGCCCCUGUAGUGAAGGUAUCUUCUCUUGCCCAAGAAUUGAGCCAAUUUUCCAGUUUUCCAUCAACGCUUACUGUAAAGCUGGGAACUUGAUUGAUGGGUUAGUGGCUUUUGAAACCAUGAGAAGAUUGAUUGAUGGGAGGCCUAACGUAGCUAUUUACAAUACUCUGAUCAAUGGGUUUGUGAAAUGUGGGCGGCAUGAUAAGGCUGUAGAGGUUUAUGACAGAAUGUUGAAGGAUAGAGUUAAGCCUGAUGUGUUUACUUUUAACAUCUUGAUUAGUAGUUAUUGUAAGAACAAGAAGUUUGAGAUGGCUUUGGAGUUGUUCAAGGAGAUGAGGGAGAAGGGCUGUAGCCCUAAUGUGGUUAGUUUCAAUACUUUGAUCAAAGGUUUCUUUAGACAAGGAAAGAUUGAGGAUGGGGUUAAGAUGGCAUAUGAGAUGAUUGAUCUUGGGAUUGAGUUUUCAACUGUGACUUGUGAGAUUUUGGUUGAUGGACUUUGUAACAAAAGCCGAACGAUGGAAGCUUGCGAGUUACUGAUUGAUUUUUCAAGGAAAGGAGUUCUUCCUUCUGCAUUUGAUCUUUCUGGGCUAGUGUCUGUUCUCUGUGAGCAAAAGUGUGCAGGUAGAGCAUUGGAGCUGGUGUAUGAGUUGUGGAAGAAUGGGAAUGUUCCUAGCUUGAUUUGUUCCACAACGUUGGUUGAAGGUUUGAGGAAGUCAGGGAGAAUAGAAGAGGCAUUCAGAUUGAUGGAGAAGUUGCUCAACGGAAAUGUCAUUGUUCCAGAUAUUAUAACAUUCAACUGCCUAAUUCAAGAUGUUUGCAAAGUAGGCAGAACGUCGGAUGCUGACAUGUUGAGACUAUUGGGUUGUUCCAAGGGUUUAGAGCCUGAUUCCACGACCUACAACAAUUUGGUUUCUGGGUAUACAGCAGAAGGCAAGAGUAAGGAAGGGGAAGUCUUGGUGGAGGAGAUGUUGGAUAAAGAUUUCAUACCUGAUCUUGCUACUUAUAAUACGUUAAUGAACGGACUGUCGAAUUCUAGAAGACGGCACAGAAAUUCGUCUUGCAAGUAAAAUUCAGAGACAUGAUCUUGUGCUAGACGUCAGAGGAUAGUCUGUGCAGUUUUAUGCAGCUCAUUUUCCCUGGUUCUGGUAUAUCAGUAUAUGAUGUAAAAGCCUUUGUAUCCCUUGUAUUUGUAUGCAAUUCCUCCAAGUUUGUGGCUUCUUCCAUGGCUUCCAUCAUGUACUUGCCUCCACUCCAUGCUAGAGGUAACUAACAAGUUGAUAAGGAAGGUGUUAUUCUAGGGUACUUUUUUUUCAAUAAUUUGGGGAUGUUUUUGUAAUUGUGUAACUUCGGCAAAAGGGGAAAGAAAUAGCAAAAUCAAAGCAAUGGGGAUAACUGAUAAGAAAAUCCGCAAUCCUUCACUCGCUAGAUGGAUGGUCUCAACUCUCGACUCAACCCGUUCUCGAGCUGACUGUGUUCUGCAGUAGCUAUGGCCGGAACCUGACGCCAAACGGGAAAAGUCUUCUCCUUUCGAUUGUUCAAAUGGCGUCUCUGUCUUCGUGCUUCACCAUGUCUCCCACUAAGUCCCGACCUAUUUCUUCUUCUCCUCGUCCUUCUCUAAUCUUCGCGGUCAAUUCCUUCGCCAGAGUCCCAACACCCCGUCCGGCGGCGGCGGCACCAUUUCCCGGAGUUUCCUACAAGUUUCCGAACUUUAAGGCGUCGCGGCUCGUGGUGCGAGCGAGUAGCGUUGAUGUGACCACUCCAAUUAGGCCAGGCGCCGCCGUGGAGACGGACAAAUUGCCGGCGGAUGUCAGGAACCGAACGAUGGACGCCGUUGAUGGGUGCGGAGGCAGGGUUACGUUGGGUGACGUGGCAGGCAGAGCUGGGCUUAAGUUGAACGAAGCUCAAAAGGCUCUGCAGGCUCUUGCUGCUGAUACUGAUGGCUUUCUGGAGGUUUCAGAUGAAGGGGACGUGCUUUAUGUUUUCCCAAAGGAUUACCGCACAAAGCUUGCUGCCAAGUCGUUUAGAUUGAAAAUUGAACCUCUGGUUGAUAAAACAAAGAGCACGGCUGAGUAUCUCAUCAGGGUUUCCUUUGGGACAGCAUUAGUUGCUUCAGUAGUGGUGGUUUAUACUACAAUCAUACUUCUUCUUUCAAGUAGAAGUGAUGAUGACAGACGUGAAAGACGUAGCAGUAGAUCUUAUGGUUCAGGAUUCAAUAUGUACUUCAAUCCUAUAGAUUUAUUCAGGAUUUGGGAUCCAUAUUAUUACAGGAGGCGGAGAGAACAAGUUGAUGUCAAUGAGAAUAUGAAUUUCCUUGAAUCUAUCUUCUCAUUUGUAUUUGGUGAUGGCGAUCCAAAUCAAGGACUAGAAGAAGAGAGGUGGAAGUUGAUCGGGCAAUACAUUUCCUCCAACGGUGGUGUUGUGACUGCCGAGGAACUUGCUCCCUAUCUGGAUAUACAGACCAAGGAUGUGUUUCAGAAUGAUGAAUCAUAUGUCUUACCUGUUCUCCUUAAGUUUGAUGGCCAACCAGAAAUUGAUGAAGAGGGCAAUAUCGUGUAUCGAUUUCCCUCACUUCAGCGAACAGCUUCGUCCCAAAGAAGCGGUAGGAAGGAGUACGUGGGAAGAAGUAAAAGAUGGACAGAUUGGGUUGGAGGAGUUCAGAACUAUCUCGAGGAAAAGAAAUUGGAAUUCAGUAAAACCAACGCAUCGGAAAGAGCAAUGGUCAUUGGGUUGGGUGGGCUCAAUCUGUUUGGAGUAAUUGUUCUUGGGGCCAUGAUGAAGGAGAUGCCUAUUACUCAAGGUGGAUGGAUUCAAUUUGUUAGCUCCAUCUUUCCACUACUCCAGGUAUAUGCGGGUUCUUUCUUUGCAAUCCCUUUGGUUCGUUGGUUCCUUGUUUCCAAGAGCAAUGCUGAAAUAGAGAAGAGGAACAUAUUGAGGAAAGAAUUUGCCAAAGUGCUCGAACUGCCGGAUCUUUCAUUAAGACGAAAGAUUCUUAGUGCUCGGGAUAUGGCUCAGAAAACAGUGAUAGGACAGGAUCGCAUAGUCUACAGUACCGAAAGAGAUAUAAUCGGGCAAGAGAUCGAGGCUGAAGAUUGGGAACGGAGGUUCAGAGAGAUUGAGAAUAAAUCAGAGUAGAAUGUGUAUAUUUCCUGGUAGACUUUGUUGACAUUCAUCAGAACUUGCACCAUGGGGCUAAAUCUGAUCAUACAAUGUGGCUGCAAAAGGUUGCAUGCAGAAGUAACAUCAGGCUAGUCCUAGGA